UCUAACCAUUCAAUGUUCUUAAGAAGAAAGAACAUUCAAGGCAGUUGGGAUUCAACUUGAAGUUAUGCAUUUCAAGUUUAUUUUGUGCUAGGUAAACUACCUUACCUACAUACCUACGUCAACUUUAAUAAGCAAGGCUUUGAAGCAGUUUUCUUCAAUACAACUUGAGUCUUACAACCGAGGCGAGGCGGCGAAUCCUACAUAACCUACCUAAGGUGCUCAUUUCUUCUAUCCAGUGAGCAAUUAUUGGUUGCUGCAAGUGAUUUUGAUUUUAAUCCUAGCAUGCAACCCCUAACGCUUGCUCUACAUCCACCCACUCCACCAUUCCACUAAUCCCGUCAACAUCUACAUACUACAUACUACAUCUUACAUACUAAAACAUCUCCCUCUCCGCUGCUGCUUUCUCAAGGCACGCCAUGGACUACCACUCUUCCAUAGCUGAUGACGAGCACCCGGUCGGCGCCUCCCCUUGGGGCUCAUCGCCGCCUGCCUCUCCGCGACGUAAUGAGUCCACCUUCAACUCCCUAGGCAACGAACAGCCUCCGUAUCCAUACCCAACCCAAGACUCGAAUAAUGGAUUUGCGCAAGAAGAUCCCGGCCUCAAUGCUUUCAAACGUCCAGGCACAGCCAGCAGCACUGCCUCUACGAAGGCAUACGAUUCUGCAGAACAAUCCGAGCCCUCGCAACCCCACGACGCCGGAGCUGAGGCAGAAGAACAGCUUCCGGGUACACCGCAGCAGCAGUCGCAGACACACGACAACUCCCCUGGAACCGGCCCAUCACCAGAGCGUGAGCAACAACCACAACGACCUCGGGGUCCUCAUUAUAAAUUGCAAGCAAAAAUUACGGGGUUGGAGCGAACGGGUCGCAAAGAUCCAAUCUUGAGAUUUGAUGUGCAUACAAAUAUACCUAAAUUCCGGACCACCCAGUUCCGUGACGUCCGCCGCUUACAUUCCGAAUUCGUUAAGUUAGCUGAGCAUUUGAUAUCCGCCAACCCCGACGCCAUGGUUCCCGCUGUACCCCCAUCAGUGACAUCUGCAGGCGCUGGAACCGACGAAGACGAGACGAGGGUCAAGGCACUAUUGCAGAGAUGGUUGAACUACGUGUGUAGCAAUGAGGUGCUUAUGAGAGAUGACGAAAUGGUUUUAUUCGUUGAGAGUGACUUUGGGUACAGUCCAAUGGUCAAGAAGAAGCAACCGGCAACUGGUGUGCGGAGAAAAUUGUUGAAGCAAUUCGCUCCCCCGCCAGAUGACACCCCAGAGCUUGCGGAAGCACGGCCUAUAGUGAAGCUGUUUUACCUGGGUUCGAUGGACGCGGGGCAUAAAGUCGAUCGACUUGUCAAGUCUCGCAGAGGGUUGGGGCUAUCAGAGUCCGAUUUCGGCGUCAAGCUGGGCGGCAUGCACACCCAAGAGCCGCAUCAAGGCCUAUCAAACGCAUACCGGAAACUCGGCAAGAUUGUGCAGACGGUGGGUGACUACCAUGCAGCUCAAGCUACUGCCGAAGCGACCACUCUCGGCGACCCGUUCCAGUAUCACUCGCAGGAUGCAUUUAUUGUCAAGGAAACUUUGACUAACAGGCAACUCCUAAUUCGCGAAUUUUUGCAAGCCCAGGAGAAUACACGGAGCAAGCGGAACGCGGCGGAUAGGGUGAGGGCUAGUUCCACCGUACGGCCCGACAAAGUUGACGAAGCCAUCUCCUCCCUGGAUGAGGCCAGCCGCACCGAGUUAGAGUUGGCGAGAAAGACGACUAGGGUAACGCAAAACUUGGUUCAAGAGCGACGUAAGUGGUUCGCUAGAACUACCGCGGACUUGCGCCUAAGCAUCCGCGAGUUCGUCACCCGCGAGAUCGAGGCCGAGAGACGCACCCUCGCCCUGCUAGAGAACGUUCGGCCCGAUAUCAGAGCCAUAGACGCCUCCGGGGGUCUAAGCCGGCUGGGGCGCGAGGCCCACCCGACAGUCCGGCGUGCGAGCAUGGCUGCGAGCCAGGGGCCCAAGGGCGACUCCUGGAGUGGUGUGCCUCGCCGUACCGAUAGGAGCAUGUCGGGGAGCUUCAUGUCGAACAUGGGCGAGGAGGACGAUGCCGAGAACGGGAGCCCGCAGCAGCAGCAACAGCAGCAGCAGCGCCCAGGAUCCAGGGCGCUCAGCGGCAGCGGCGGGGGCUUGCCGGGCCUGGCGGAAGAAGACGACGAGGAUCGCGUGGAUGCAAGAAACGCGGCGAGCCGACUGGCGACGAGCACGUUCUGAUGAGGGUUAUGAUCAUGAUGGAUGGAUGGAUGGAUGGAUGAGGAUG